AUGAUUCCCACCGCACGAUGCCUGGCCGCAAAACCGGCUGGGUUCAUGAAACGCAGUGCAGAGGAACUAAGUCGUUUGUCCAGAAUAGGUUCGCCCACUUGGAACUCGGAAGCUUUACACACGCCUACCAAGCCCUAUGUCCUUAUGGACUUUGAAGACGAGUCAGCCGUUGCAGGCUGCAAGACCAUGGCUGACCGAGCAGUUGGUGGAUUCAGCACUGCGAGUUUAGACUUCGUUCCGGGCGAUCCCUCCUCUAGUAUACCGCCACAUGCCAGAUUCCAUGGAAGCAUUUCGACCAGACUUCCCAACAACUGGCGGGUGGAAAGAACAGGAUACGCAGCCUUUCGGAAUAAGGAUCGGGGGUUCUGGCUCUUCGGCCGACUCUACUGGGACGUUGAUCCGUACUCCUACCUAGCGCUACGGGUAAAGUCCGACGGCCGACGGUAUACCGUGAACAUCCAGACCGACUCCAUCGUGGAGACCGAUAUCCACCAGCACCGACUGUACACGCGCCAUCAUCGGGUGCAGGACUCUUCUCGUUCUCGUCACUCAUUGCCACAGGCCCUUGAGGACCCUGACCUCGCUGACACUCUGUACCCCGAAGGUAUCCCCGCCUCCCUCUCGGAUGUUCCCCCGGAGUCGACCAUCAUGUCAGCUAGCACGACCACGACUACGACCACGUCCGGCUCCACUGGAUGGGAAACCAUCCUGCUUCCGUUCAACUCGUUCGUGCGCACCAACCACGGCCUGGUGGUCGAGCCACAGACCUCCAUCCUACGACAGCGGGUAAAGAGUGUGGGGAUUGGACUGACGGACCGCGUAGAGGGUCCCUACGACCUGCGGAUCCAUCGGAUCUGGGCCACAAAUGGCAUGAGCGAGAGCGAGAUUGACGAGGAACGACGAAUCUGUGGUACAGACGCUCUGCCAGUGGACAUGGGGGUUCAGACAGGCUGGCGAGGGACAGCUAAGAAGCCGGAGCACAGGGAGGAUACGGCGCCAGCAGGACAGAAAGCCAAGGGGUUGAAGGGGCUGCGUGAUGAAUGGGAAAAAUGA